UAGGUGUUGCCACACGGACCGAUAUUACAUUGCUCGACAGUAGCCAUGUUUACAUGAGGAGUUUUUCUCUUUCCGAAUGACUUUUCCGGACGGAAACAAUGGUAUACAUGGAAAGGAAUAUUCCAAUCUCUUGUCUACAUGCGUCGCUAUAAUCAACCAGAAUAGUCAAUGGGGGCAUGCCCAGUAAAACGUAAACACCAACAUUACGUGAUACCGACUUCCCCGAGUUGUUCUUUGACUUGUUGGAAUAACUCCGUAUUGCCAGUUUUUCGUUUGUCCAGUCUUGAAUUUUAGUUUGGAUCCAAAACAAACAGUCCAGUGCCGAUUGCUGGCCUCCAUUUUUAAAACUGAAGUCUGGAUCUGCGUGUUACGUCAUAUCUGAGCAUGCAAUAUGAUAAAUUUAACCUGGAAAGGAUCAAAUUCAAUCUUGCUAAUAUUUUAUAAUUCAACUCGGUACAUGUUUUAUAUAGAUAUAUAUUUUCUUUUAACUUUUGGACUUAUGAAUGGCGUAUAGAAGGGUUUUAGAUUCUGUUCCACAGAUGGCGCUAAUGCACACAAAAGCUGCUUGCCAACUGCCAAUAAACAACAGAAGAAGAACCUCCACGUGCAAUAUUAAGGUUCUAAAUGCAAUAUAUUAAGUUCUAUGAGAAGUAUUUCUAUAAUGCCUCAUAUUAACUCACUGGCAAGAUCUCAUAGUGUAUUGACUGGUCAUAUAUUUUAUCUCGUUUCAUAUUAUCUGCAUACUGGAAAAACUGUUGAUUUUGGGUUACUUAGGUUGUUCAUAUUGUUUCUUUUUUAUAUUGUGUAUUUUGUACUGCUUAACUGAUUAUGUACUCUUGCUGCUGUGCAAUGCAAAUUUCCCCACUGAGGGACGAAUAAAGGCAUAUCUUAUCUUAUCUUAUCUAUAUAUUUACAUUAGUUCAUUCAUUCAUUCAUCACAGGGCACAUAUAGACAAACAACCAUUCACACUCACAUUCAUACCUAUGGACAAUUUGGAGUGGCCAAUUAACCUAGCAUGUUUAUGGAAUGUGGGAGGAAACCGGAGUACCCGGAGAAAACCCACGCAUGCACGGGGAGAACAUGCAAAGUCCACACAGAGAUGGCCGAGGGUGGAACUGAACCCUGGUCUCCUAGCUGUGAGGUCUGCGCGCUAACCACUCGACCGCCGUGCCGCAUUUAUAUUAGUUUUAAUAUUUAAUUAAGGACACAAGUAUUUGUGUAAUUAUGUAUUUAUUUCUCAUUUAUUUUUUCCUUAAUUCCAAUUUUAUUUAACAGUAUAUACACAUAUAUAAUACAGUAUAUGAUUAUAUAUCAUAUAUUAAAAUGUAUUCAUAUAUUUCACGAUGGAAGUCAAGAAAGACGGUGGCCUCUGCUUGUGACAUUAUUCUUUGGCAUUGGCUAACAAUGUAGAGGGUGAAGUUGAAAGUUGAACUCUGUGUCGUCAUUAUGGGGCUUCCACCCCCAGCACCGUCCAGCCAUCCCACCCCCAUCUGUCUCUGCCAGACAGAUACCCCGCCUUCCAAGUCCCUUCACACUGACCCCCUUUUGUUCACAGCUAUUUGCAGAUAGCAGAGGGGGCGAAGUGGGCUGUUCAGGGGGGUGGUGCGGUCAGCUGUUUCUUCAGUGUGAGUGUGGACAGUGUGGGAAUGUGAGGGAGAGGGAAUUGAAGAGACAAAGGUUGCAAGCGGCCAGUGAGUGUGUGUCGGCCGGUGAGGACGCACACUGGACGUGCGAGCGCCCACAAGCUCCACGCUUUGACUUCAUUAUUAUCACUUUUUUUUGUUCCCCCGCUGAAGUUUUUGAGACUUCAGAUUUGGAAGUUGGAAUAUCAACAUCCAAGAGGAAGACAACUAUGCAACCUUCAUCAGGGACUCACAACCACGACAGCUGUCUGCAGACACAACUGUGUGCCCAGCUGGAGUUCGUCCAGAUCCUGGUGAUCGUGGUGGUGAUGAUGGUGAUGGUGGUGGUCAUUACUUGUCUGCUCAACCACUACCGCCUAUCUGCACGCUCGCUGCUCUCCAGGCACGCCUCCACGCGCAGGAGACAACUGACGCUGGCCCACCAGGAGGCGGGCCUGUGGAGCUCGGAGGGGGCAGGGCCAAGUGGUGUUUUGAAUGAGCAGCAACAGGCGUACAACCCCCGGCCCCCGGACAGAGGGACACCCGCAUCAUACCUACUGCGGGACUCUCAGCAUGGUCUGCCGCAGCGCUUCCAGAACACCUAUUCUGCGGGACGCUUCCAGCCCACGUACCCCUACCUGCCCCAGGACCUCAUCGACCUCCCCCCCACCAUCUCCCUAUCGGACGGGGAGGAGCCACCGCCCUACCAGGGCCCCUGCACCCUGCAGCUCCGAGACCCAGAGCAGCAGAUGGAGCUGAACCGCGAGUCGGUUCGAGCGCCACCCAACCGGACCGUCUUUGAUUCGCAUCCCCUGGACCCGCCCACUUCCUGCCUGCAUGCCAGCCUACAAGCCCCUCCUCCGAGUGUGCAUGCCGGAAUCAGCGCAGUGGAGGCGCAGGAGGCGGCCCGCCAGCACAAGCAGGAAGGUGCUCCCCCCACCUACAGCGAGGUGAUUGGACACUACUACCACCCGAGGGCCCCAGCCCCCAGCCAUGGCCAUCAUGCGCCACCGUCCUCACUCCUGCACGGUGUCCUCCGACUGCCGCUGUCCGCAAGUGUGGACAGGCAGAACGCCCGAAACACAGAAGAGAAAUCCUAGAAUCCUCGGCAAGCGCGCCGAGGUCAUGCUAGCACCGCUGGUCAGUAAACAUGACGACCAACCCUCACUCUGAUUGGUUGGAAUACGAGCUGAGACACAAGAGGAGAAUCUUCAGUACUUCCUGUAUUGCAGAAUUCUACUUCCUGACAAUGAAGGUGAAGUUAGAAGCUUCCUUCCUCAAACUUGUCUCAUCUUGAAGAUAAAUAUUCACGUCUUUUUUUUUUCUUUCACAACUUUUGUUUUUGCUUUCACACACGAUAGUUCUGUUCUGGCCGCGAGCACCCACACCUGCUAGCAUGCGGCCGUGCUAGCACACACAAUCCUUCCUAGAAAAGUCUUGGCCUGUCUCAAAUCAAAUACUUCCGUGAGGACACUCUACUGUGUACUUACAGUAAAUAGUACACUCGUUCUUCUUAAGUGUGCGUGUUUGGAGUAUAUGUUGCUGCGCACUUACUGGAAAUCAGAAGCGCAAUAUUUACGCUUAUUUAAUAAUGAAUUGCAACCUCUCAGAUUAGACCCUCACUUUUCACUACACAGCCAAGAUUGUAGGGUGACCAAAUUAAAUUUUAAAUUAAAUUUUACAUUAAAUUUUAAAUUAAAUAAAAAACCAGGAGUCUAAGCUCAACAAUGAUGCUCCAAGUUUACCUAAAGAUGCUUUAUAAUUUCAAUUUCACAUGUAUAUUUUUUUAUUAAUUAUGAAUUAAUUUAAUAUAAAUAUAAUCAUAUGAUAAUAAUACAAUAAAAAUACAAUUUAUAACCAAAGGCAUAAAUUCACAUAAGCUUCUCUUAAAAAUGAUCCUGCUGUCUUAAGUUUAACACUUGGAUCAAAGGAAUGAAAUUACGAUACAAAUAAUGACUCUUCUGUAUUGGAAUAAUAGGCCUGUAAGAAUAUUAUAUAAGAAACCUAGAAAGAGUUAUUUCUUUUCAUGUCUUACUAGACAAAUAACUAGAAAUAUGAAGUAGUAUUAGCAAAUUUAGUGGCUAAAUCAAUGAAAACCAGGACAUUUUCAUCACUUUCUAAAAAUAAAAAACAGGACACAACCUAGGAAAACAGGAUUUUUGGUCACCCUGCAAGAUGGCGUCCAUUGCAUGUGGUAAGUGUCCGUCACUGCACACUCAACAUUUUCAGUGCACUGAAUGAUUGACACACAUACGCACUCAAAGGAAUAAGUGUAAUUACGCAAGUACGCGAAUUGAGACGCAGCCUUGGCUCCCGUUUACUAGCUUAGCAGUGUUAGCACGUGCUAAGCGCUCUGCCUUAAUUGUUCACCAACUGAUGCGAACGAGCUAGCUCAUGAGAUGUUUUCUACAGAAGGUUUGCACAAAGUUGACCGCACACAAAGGAAACCCCUCCAGGUGGUUUUUCCAAUCAGUAAAGACGCUUUUUGUUUGUGUUUGCCUUUUUACGUGUUGUUCGUCGUAGACAAAAGACUGUUCACAUCCCAUCUGCCGCAGACGUGGCAGAAACUUAAAAGCACCAGUUUAGACUUAUUUAUAUGAUUGCCGAAAAGAAUUGCACUAUAUUUUUGUUUUGGUAUGCGCAGAUGGAAGGUGUGAGAGAGACUUUUAUUGUGAAGGAGCUCUGUCGAUUGGGGAUGGAACACGAGAGAGACCUGAGCCCAACAGAAGGUCGCACGACAUUUUGCCUGGGGGGCAUCGGACACUUUUUAUUUAUGCAAAAGUCUGAGUCCAUAUGUACACACACACACUUUUUCUUGGAUUUGACGUACACCAGGGUUGUCCAAAGUCGGGGCCGGGGCGGGCCAUUUGCCAGAUUGUUACAGUGUAGACCAUUGCUAUGUGGGAACUAAUCAACACCCCCCCACACACACACAUACAUAUAUACUACUGUAUAUAUCGUUUCCAUACACACACUUGUGCUUGUAUUUCUCAGCUCAUUCAAAGUGAGAAGCACACAUCUAAUCUUGUUUAUGUCACAUUGUGGGGCGACCAUUGUCAAGCAUGUAAUGUGGGAUACACACACACACACACACACGCAUAAUGUUAACUCUGUCAGGUCAGGUUUCUCUCGGGCGGGCGCCUCUGAGCACUUUACUGCAUCAGGACAGAAAAAAACAAUCUGAAGUCAGCCAGCCAGCGUUGACGAAUGUCUUCAUCGAUGUACUAAAUUGUACAACUUGCUGUGUGCCUUUUUCACUUGGAACGCACACAAAGAGUCAAUGGCACAGAGUUGGGUUAGGG